CCAGGCUCCCUCGGCUCGGCCUCAACAACGCCAUCCUGCCAGACGACAUUCAAGUUCCCCCUCCGUCGGCAAACAUUACCACGCGAUCCCGAAGUAAAAUCAACAACAGCUCUAACGCAGACGCCGGUACCGAUAUCAAACCAAACUCAAAGCUUACCAUGCCUGCCUCGUUUACAUCGUCUCUAACUGGCGGCACAGGCGCACUCAAUCUCAAGCGUAAAGCCGCGCACGAUGGUGACGAGCCCGCGCGCAAGCUACCUGCCAUCGCGGAGAACGGUGACUCUCGACCCAACGCCCCUCUGAGGCAGAAGACCAACAAUCCCAAAUCUCAAGGCACACAAAGAAACGGGAUGGGGAUCGGUCCGCCCCCGUUGACGAAACCUCUGCGGACGACGCGGGCGACGAGCGCCCCUCCUCCAAAGACCGUCGUGCCACUUGGGAGGCCCGCGCCGAGGACGACGACUGCGUCGUCAUCUAGGAACGGUGGUGGUGCUGGGAGGACGAUGUCUGGCCCGCAACGCGUUCCUUCGCAGUCUACGUCGAAUCUCAUGUCUAACUCCAAAUUCAAUUUCACACCGCCCACUGAUCUGGCCGACCUGAAGAGUCAGGUGAAGCACAUCCAGACGGCUCAACAGGCCGACCGUGCGCAUAUGGACGCCGAGCGAGCCAAACUCUCCGAACUCCAUGCCAAUCAUCUCACACUUUCUUCUGAGCUCGCCGCCACACGUACCCAAGAACUCGCACAUCGACGCGAACUCAUUAAUGCGUCGGACGAGAUCGAUGCACUGAAGAAACGGCAUGGGAAGGAGGUGACGGAGCUGGAGGGAGAGAUUAAGCGGAAGGAGAGGAAGAUUAGGGAGUUGGAGGAGGAUGUGAGGGUUACGAAGGAGGAUUUGGGGAGGGAGAGGGAGAGCGUGAGUGAGCUACGGGGGACGAUUAGCAGGCAGAGCAAUACGGCCUUGACAUUGACGAGUCAGAUUCAGGCGUUGCAGGCUCAGGUUGUGGCGUUACAGAGUUCGUAUGAUGGUACGACGGGGACGGUGCAUAGUUUGAAGAUGGAGCUGGAGGCGGCUACGAGGAGGAUGGAGGAGCAGGAGCAGGAACUAAGGGAGGCGGAGACGGUGAGGAGGAGAUUGCAUAAUAUGGUGCAGGAGUUGAAAGGGAACAUCAGGGUGUUUUGCAGGGUUAGGCCGGUGUUGCCGUCGGAUUUGGGGUUGGCGAUGGGGAGUGCGAAGGAGGAGGUGGAAAGGAAGAGGAAGGAGGCAUUGGCGCAGAUGGCGUUCCCGGACAAGAGGGACCAUAGGGAGAUUGCUCUGAGUGCGGCGAGUGAGAAUGCGAUGGGGCAGGAGAGAAAGGAGGCAUGGAACUUUGGAUUUGACAGGGUCUUUGAGCCGCACAAUACUCAAGCAGAGGUCUUCGAAGAGAUUUCACAGCUCGCACAGUCAUGCACUGAUGGCUACAACGUCUGUAUCUUUGCGUACGGUCAGACCGGCUCUGGGAAGUCAUUCACCAUGGAAGGUGGCCCAACGGAGUCGACUUCCGGUAUGAUUCCCCGAGCAGUCGAACAAGUUUUCCGUGUUACGGAAGAGCUCAGAUCAAAGGGUUGGGAAUAUACUAUGGAAGGACAAUUCCUUGAAAUCUACAACGAGACUAUCAACGACCUCCUCGGCAAACAUGCACUCGAUAGCAAGAAACACGAAAUCAAACACGACCCCAAGACGCACACAACCCGCGUAACUGACGCCACCGUCCUCCCUCUUACCUCCCCCACCCAAGUCCGCUCUCUGCUCUCGCUCGCCCAAUCCCGACGUACCGUGGCCUCCACACUGAUGAACGAGCGUUCAUCGCGCUCACACUCCGUCUUCACUUUACGCAUCAAGGGCGCCAACUCCGCGACGGGAGAGAGCUGCGAAGGGACUUUGAACCUCGUGGAUUUGGCGGGAAGUGAGAGGCUGAGCGUGGUUGGGCAUGAUGGGAUGAAGGAGAAGGAUAGGUUGAAGGAAACGCAGAGUAUUAAUAAGAGUUUGAGCGCGUUGGGUGACGUUAUUGCGGCGUUGGGGGAGAAGGGUCAGAUGGGAGGGGAUAAUAAGCAUAUCCCGUAUAGAAACUCGAAGUUGACGUAUUUGCUGCAAAAUUCUUUGAGCGGGAAUUCGAAGACUUUGAUGGUACUCAAUCUUUCGCCACUUGCCGCUCACCUGAACGAGUCGCUCUGCUCACUUCGGUUCGCUACGAAGGUCAACAACACUACCAUUGGUACCGCCAAGAAGCAGAUUAAGAGCGGGUAAUUCCGUGGCGAGAAUGACGGACUCUUGGUUUGACUUUACUCUAUUUAUUUGUUUCUGUUCGCUGUUUUUUGUGGAUACCUCGUCGACUCCCUUGGAUAUAUUCCGAGAUACUACCCUGACGCGUUUGAAGAUUUGCCAGGGCAAAUCCCUUCCAUGCGACUUGCGGCUUAUGUUGAUGUUUUUGUAAUGUAGAUCAUAGCAUACCUUCCCAAUCAGUACCGCC